GCAAGCUUUGUUCUUCCGACCCAGCGUGCGGUUGCGCGGCCUGCCUGCCUGCCUGUCAACAAGCGCUCUGCUUGGGGGCGGGGCGGGGCGGGGGGGGGGAGACGCGGUCAGCAUGUUCGGACCUUCGCUCGCUGUUAUCGAGUCUCGACUAACGUAAUCAUUUUGGACACCGCUGAAGUCGCUUUGAGGGCGGAACGACGGCCAUGUUUCUGAGUCGUGCGACGACGACGACAACGGCGGCGCGCGUUCUCCGCCGCUCAUCCGGACCGUUGACAUUAACGAGGGGCUUUCACCGGGACCGGACCUGCUGCGUGGGCUCGACGCCUGCGCGCUUCGCAGGACAACGACCGGAGCCGUACCAGCACCACGGUUUGAUCUUCCCGGACUGGAGACACUGGAGCUGGAGCGGCCGCCUGGCGGAGCCGGUGCUUUUGUUUUCGAGUAACCGCGGGCCGUCCACCGCUGCCCCUGCCCCCAAGAAGACCCCCGCCAUCGACGACAAGAACGCGGAGGACGAGCGCAACCUAAAGGAAGGCCCACCAACUCCUCCAGCUGAAGGCAAAGCCCCCGGGGAGCCCGAACCGGAUGGAGAUAAGCCCAACAAGACCCAGCAACUCAAAAAGGUCUUCAAGGAGUACGGUGCUGUGGGGGUCUCCUUCCACGUGGGGAUCUCCCUCAUGUCUCUGGGAAUGUUCUACCUCCUCAUAUCUAGCGGUAUAGACAUGGCGGCCGUGCUGAGCAAGCUGGGCUUCAGCGAGGCCAUUAUCCGCUCCAAGAUGGCGGCGGGGACCAGCACGUUUGUCCUGGCCUACGCAGUCCACAAACUGUUUGCGCCCGUGCGCAUCAGCAUCACGCUGGUGUCCGUGCCGCUCAUUGUGCGCCACUUCCGAAGGACGGGACUCUUCAAGCCACCCACGUCUGCGCCCUGAUCAAUAUCAUGUGACAGAUGGCGGCCAUAUUGCCUUGGGCGAGCGGGGGGAAAAAAACCAAAAAGAAAACGCCUGGAACUUUUAGACUGCUCUGACCUGAGCUUACAGAAACAUUACUGAAGGAGAAAAUUACGAUAGAUGCAAUUGUAUAUUUGCAAUCAGGGAUCUUUUACUUUUUAGCUUUCUUUCUUUGUGUGUUUCUUAAAUUUAUGAAGUUUCCUCAUGUCAGACACUUCCUAAAAUGACUCAAAUGUCCUUCCCCUUCAUUCUCUUGACUGUUUGAUCCCCUCUUUCUCGCCACACAUUAUAAUCGUUGCAUCCAUCUGAAUAAAACUUUUCUCUCUUUAAAAAA